GGGGGAUCAUCAUCACAGCAGAGCAUCAACGGAACACGCUCAAUCCCGAACCAUCAACACGUGUCGCCUCUGAAAUAAGGACUUGGCGUCACUUGGAGACACACCGGAAGCAUUGCGCCGAUAAACAAAGUCUUCAAAAGGCAGUUCCCUCGGCAUAAAUCAUGGCAGACAGCGGUGAGGCUCAAGCAAAUGAGCCUUUUGGCCUGGUGAGGCUUCUGUUGGACGAGGUUGUCUUUGUCAAGCUUCGAGGAGACAGAGAGCUCAAGGGGCGUUUGCAUGCAUAUGAUUCUCAUUGUAACUUGGUCCUCGGUGAUGUCGAGGAGACACAUUACAUUCAAGAUGAGGACGACGAGUCGGAAUUGAAGACGGUAUCACGAAAGCUUGAGAUGUUAUUUGUGAGAGGAGACAGUGUUGUCAUGAUAUCACCAUCAGACCAGGUAGCAGCAUGAACACAUCUGCCCCUGGCAUAUCUUCAAACCACCAGACGUCAUGGCCAGACAUCUGAGGUUAUCGUGCCGUGCAUCUAAGGGGGGAAAAUAUGAUGCACGAAGCUUCGGGCACCUGCUCGAUACGGUCAUUCGGCUGCGAAUUGCGGUCCAUGGGCGAGGUGACAUCUGGUCCCUACGGCGUUUGACUAUGUGUCGAAAACCGAAUGAUGGGCUUUUUUUGAGCCUGAUACCUACCUAAUUCGAGGGCUCUAGAGAAAAUAGAGCAAAUCGUUGUUGACCAUGACGACAGGGUUGGAAAUUCCAGCCACGCCAAAAAGUCGGCGCGCGCCCUCAAUAACCCAUCUUUUUUUCUCAAUAAUACCAUCAGUCGCCCAACUUUAGCCUCUUCCUCUUCCGGAUCUGGGGGUUUCGCCCAUGUUUUGUGAGCUAACCUUGCAUACUCUUAUGCGUGUGUUAGAAAAAGUCUUGGCUGGCCCGCACAGAGCUUUAUUUAAAGGAGGCUGAGAUGUUGCCUCUCAACUGUUCUGACCACUCAGGCUCCUGCCAAGCGGUGCUUCACUAGGUAGCAAAUUCAUGGCUUGUGAGUGGCUGUCCAAUUAAGGAAUCCCCGAGGGCUAAUCGACAAGCCAUGGAUUGCUUUUUUUGGGGUUUGGGUCUUCGGGGGGUUCUAUUGCUCGUGUCAAGCCCAUUGUGAGCAUAGCCGUCCCCUUUGUGCUG